GUCUGUUUCGAAGCAAUUGAAACAAUUGCUUUUACUCUAAACAAUAAUCAGUCUAAUUAUUUAUAAUUAUUAUUAUUGUUUUUACUUAUUUUGAGAAUCACCAUGGCGUCCAAUGUAACAAAUCCAAUGCAAUCGGAGCAGUGUCUUAAGCAUGGCAAUUUCAUGCAUAGUCUGAGUCCAAGCAAGGUAAAGAGCAUCUUCUGGGUACUCUUCUUGGUUGUACUCGUCAUGUUGACCAUUGCUGCUCCCCCCCGACCCCCAAUCCGCUAUAUGAUCUCCCUGGCGAACAAUUAACAAAACCGUUUAGGCACAUUAAAACGGCAGAACUUCACCCUACAAUUUCCCGAGACCUUUGUCAAGACCUCCUCUCCAAGAGUAAAGCGAAACAUCGCCGCACCCAAAUUCGGUGCAUCUACGUCUCCUCCUUAUGUUUCAUCGUCGCGGUCCUCUGUACAGUCUUCGAAGCCUUCGCCGCAUCCUCUCUCAGUUUCUGUCAUAAAUUGGAAAUGGCUUUCCUCUAUUUGUCAUGCUGAACAUUACUGCAGGUGGGGAGUACAAUUGCCAUUUUUGGUAUUGUGUUGGCUCAAUUGUGGUCGUGUAUGGGAAAGGAGUCGCUUCCGGUCAAGUAUGUAACCCUGGUUUGUUCGAUACCUCUUAGUUUUCAAUGUAUUCUAUUUUUGAGCAUUCAUCGAUAUUCUCUCCAGUGCCUCAUUCGGAAAUCCCUCUCGUGAAUAGGACUAUUGCAUUUCUGUCCGCUGGUCUUGCCCCCGUGCUUAUGAGAACGCUUAAUGUUGGAUGGGCGCCUCCAUCCAUUGAAAGCUUCUUUCGCUUCAAUGCUUUGAAUUUCAAUCUUGCUGAGUAUCUCAUCUUGUUUGAGUAGCUAAGUAUCUAAGCUUGCUGAAAUGUUUUAUGUUAUCUGGAUUUGUCGAGUUUGAACUGGCUUUUUUAUUUAAUAGUGUGGCAAUUGGAACACCUGGACUAAUCAUAGCUUGGUUGGGUGUGGCAUUCGAAUAUCUAUUCAAGGCUUGGCUAAGCGAGGAUACAAUAAAGAGCUUUGAGACUUUUGUGGAUGGAGUGAUAGAUUCAUCACGGUAAGUCCUUUCUAUCCCUUCCAAACAGUGUGUCCAAUAGUCGGGAAACGGUCCGACAAUCACAGGCUUUCGAAUAUUGAAACUAUUUUCAACAUUGAAUCCAUUUGGAGCAUUCACAUCUUUUGGAACAUUCAAACCAUUCAAACAUCGAAAGCUUUCAAAUUCAAUCCACUAUUCCGAACUAUUGGACACACUGCUCUCAAACAACCUACAACCCACAAACUAACACCCACUAGCCAAAGUGAAACCUCCCCAGAAACCGAAACAGGCACUUCCUCCAUCCCAGGAGCCGAACUCCUAGGCUUCACCAUAGACAACCGUCCAAUAAUCUCCUUCAACAAAUUAUCCCCCGCGCUCCACCCGAGUGCUCGUCAUUUUGCCACUACCGAGGAUGGCCGCUCUAUAUACAUUUAUGGGGGCCUUCCCACCGAUUCCACGGAUGAUUCCACGGAUGAUUCCGCGGAUAAUGAUAGGGAUUCUGCUGUGGGAAGAUCCAAUGUUUCAGAAUCUGGGAGAACGUCCCGUAGUAUAAUGUUUCGGAACGAAGGGCGUGCUGUAUCUACGCGUGCAGUGCAUCUACCCCUUCUUUAUCCGUAGACGGAUUUCAGGGUAGCGACUCGCUCGAUUCUACACUUGGUAGAAGUCUUACGUUGGGAAAUCUUGCCUCGGGACGAUUUGGUUCUGAUGAGGCGGUUUCGGGUUAGGGAUGGAUGGAUGAUGCGUGUGUAAGGACUAGAUUAGAAAUGCGAGGUGUUAAUGUGUUAAUGUUUGGGAACCGGGAAGGGGAUAUACCCUGUUGGUGUUUGUGAACGGGGCGGCGUCUGUUUAUGUUGAUGAUUAUACCAUUGUUGUUUCUGAAAUGCUCAAUGUGGCAGUUAUGAUUAAAAGUGUUGGAUAUUUUUCGGUGUCG